GUCCUCCAUGCAUUUGUGUACUUGUGUGACUUAAGACGAGGAGGAUUGGCAGCAGACACGGGAACACAAAUCCGUUUUGGACCGCCAUCCCAUCCCGGACCCGUGGGCUCGUUCACGGUCACCGGCUCUACCCACAAUGCCCGUGUUUUACUCUCCUGUUGCCGAGAGCCUGCAGAUGGGUGUGGCCUACAUGGGAGGCUCUGUGUUCACCAACAACAGGACGGCAGACAGCGACUCAUCCAGGGAGCAGGAGGACGCCUCUGUGGUGAGCGAGCUGGUCUCUCACCUUCCCCUCCAGAUGCUUCUGUACUUCAACAUGUUUUAUUUCCCCUGUUGGUGGUUUUCUGCUGUCUUCAUGUUGGAAGUGAAGUUCUAUUAUCUUCCCGGGUACUACCGGGCUCUGCUCAUCACGGGGAUGAUCCUCCUCACGCUCGUUGAAGUGGUCCGACUCUAUCUGGGCUACGUCGGCAACCUGAAAGAAAAGGUGCCAGAGCUGGCAGCCUUCUGGCUCCUGUCUUUCAUGUUCCAGCUGCCAGUGCUGCUGUUCUUCCUGACCGAUGAGGGGAUUAUCAUCCUGCCCCUAGAGAGAGCCGUCCACUCCCUCUACCUCCUCCUCCUGCUCGCCCAGAUCCUGGCCUCGUUCCUGGCGCUCAGGACCAUGACCCGGAAGCUCACCUUGCUCUUCCAUCUGCGCCAGUUUGGCAAGGUGGAGAGCCUCCAGCACGCGGGGACGAGCCCCGUCUCCGGGCUGCCCUACCGCCGCAGUGUGCUGCCCAUGUCACUCCCCCGGGAUGUGUACCAUUAGAGGAAGAAGCUGUUUGUACAUUCAGUUCACUCUCUGGGUGUGUUUCCGUCUACCUUUUUGGAUGUUCAAUUUGCCCAUAAAAACAAAUCUAAUAUGA